AGACAUUUCAUCAUCGCCUGAUUAGCAACCAGCAUCCACCACCUGGACCACCGACUACUACUAUUUUCAAAACAACAACAACAACCAUCACACAUACACCAACAACAACAGCAACCAUGUACUCUUCAUAUGGUUCUUACAGCUCUUCGGCUUCUUCCAGCCGAUCCUCUUCCUACGGCAGCUCGUACUCCAGCAUCUCGAGGCCGAUGGACAUUUCCCCGAUCAACAUCUCUUCUUCCGGAGCCGAUGCCUCGUGUGCUUUCCCCUCGUGGCCCCGCCGCACCUCGCUCUGCGAAUCCGAGUCUGACUACGAGCGCCCGACUUCCUUCCUUUCCGAUGAGGACUUGAUGGGCGAUGUUUUCGACGACGAUGUGCGCAGUGUUUCCAGCAGCGGCAGCUCGCCCAUGCACUCUCCUCCCAAGGCGCCCUUCAUGACCGAGGCCGAGAUCCUUGAGAUGCAGCGUGAGCAGGCCGCCUACCAGCGCGAGAUGGUCAGCUUGCUCGUCAGGGAGAAGGAGAGGCGCAAGGCCCAGGCCAAGCGUCAACGCAGCGCCGGCAAGGCUUCUUCCAAGAAGAGCACCAAGAGCAAGCUCAGCGCCAUGACUCCCAUCGCCGAGUCUGAGUAAAAAGGGCAACACGAUAUCGGAUGCACGAUGCAGCCUGUGCCGUGGCGAUUGCAACCUCAUCUUUUAUUGAUACCCCGUUUCUGGCUUUUUGACCGCUUUCAUUUUCUUCUUCUGCAAUCACCAGCAUCAGCAUCAGCAUCGUCGGCAUUUUUUUUUUUCCCAUCAACACCACCAUCAUCAUCGUCAAACCCCCACGGGAAAACGGC